AUGCCGCCCCCAGCUCUUCAAAAUCUCGGUCUUGUAGACCUUGUCGCUUCUGACCCUCGACCUAUAUUUGUCGUUGCCUUACCCGACCAAACCUCAAACGCCGUCGAUUCUUCCUCCGCCGACAUACUUUACCGAAACCCUGCCUUGCAGAACUUACAUACUCUCGAUCAAUCGAUUUCUUCUAUUCCUCAAGAUGCUUCCCAUACUCCAUUUUGGAACUGGGUUACCAGCUCACCACCUGUGCCGGCUGCUGAAAAGGACGCCGCGGGCCCUGCAGCAACAAAUACGCAGCACUCACUGCCAUACCUUGGUAUCUACUGGACGCGAAGCAUUGUGCUGGGCCAAUGGGUGGUGAUGAGUGGUAACGAGACCCCUCCUUCCUCAGAGCCUCCGCGCAAAGUCCGAAUAGAAGGAAGGGAAGGCGAGACAACAAGGAAACACCCACAGAAGUCACCAUUAGACAAUGCACGAUUACCGUCCCGAAGAAAGUCGGAGAGCAAAACCCCCAUGCUCUACCGCGACGAAUCAAAUCCAGGCCUCAUGGUGCCUGUUUCCGAUUCCGAGGCGGAACCGUUUCUUGACGUGGUACAAAGCGUAGAUUGGGAAUCAACAUCCCUAGGUCCCAUGGCAGAUUGGCCGGCUCAACUUCAAUAUACAUUCAAUCAGCUCGUGUCUGAUUCACGGCCUGUGGCGCUUUAUUGGGGACCCGAAUACAUCACUAUUUACAAUGAAGCAUUUUCAAAAUACUGCGGCGCGCGACAUCCUGGACUCCUGGGUCGACCUGCUACCGAAGCUUGGACUCAUCUGAAGACUCGGCUCGAUGAAAUGACAGCCUCGCCCACGAAAAACUAUUCCAAUGCUGAAGACGAAUCCAAGUUUUUCAUACCGCAAGCGGAUGGGACCUUUGAAGAGACUUAUGCCAAGUCUUCUAUGGUUCCUAUUGUUUAUGGAAAGAAAUGCCUGGGAAUCCAGCAUUCGCUUCUCGAGAUGACUUCAAAACGACUCUGGGAACGAAGGAUGAAGAUGCUCAUCGAUCUUGGCGAGGCUCUAGUAUCUACGAAAGAUGCUAAAUCCUACUGGUCCAGGACGAUCGAGGAGUUAGAACGUUGGAAUCCGACAUAUGACGUUCCGUUGGCCUUCAUAUACUCGGUCGAGCAAGACGAUACCGACUCCACUUCGUCCAAAUACGAUUGUUCAAAUACCUGCCUGCUCGAGGGCUCCCUCGGUGUACCAGAAGGACAUGCCAUUGCACCUCCGGUCCUGAACCUCAGGGAAGCAGACGAUGGCAUGGCAUCUAUCUUGCGACGGUCCUUAGAUGAGCGUCAACCCAUGCUCCUACAGACUAAGGACGACACGUUGCCAAAAGAUCUACUCCACGGUUUGGCAUGGCGCGGUUUCGGCGACCCUUGUCAGGCUGCUGUGGUCUUGCCUAUUCGCCCUACAAAGGAAGAGCAUGUGAUGGGCAUUUUGUUUCUGGGCUUGAACUCUAGGCGCCCAUAUGACAACGACUACAAACAAUUUAUCUCUUUGUUGAACCAAAAACUUACGAGCUCCCUUGCUUCCACAGUACUCCUGGAAGAAGAGGCGCGCCGGAGGCGUAACAUCACCGAACAGGCCGCUUAUGACAAUGCAAUGCUCACACAGCGACUGGAAUAUCAAACCGAGCAGGCAGAGAGAUCAAUGCAAACGCUCACUUCGGUGGCAGAAUUUAUCCCUGUUGGAAUGUGCUUUGUCGAUAACGAAGGUAACAUCACGUUUGCCAACGACGCUUGGCAUCGCAUCACCGGAUAUCCAAAAGGCACAAUUGCCCAAGGGGCGUUGCUCGAGUCAGUCCUUGAAGAAGAUAAGGAGAAAGUUAUGCAGGCAUACAAGGAUGUUCAAGAGCUCGACACAGUCACCUUCGAGUACCGCAUCGCGCGAACUGAAAACACGACGGGACCACAGAGCUUCAGAUCCUCCACCGGACCCUUGCCUGUAAUGGAUGAGCGAGUAUCGCGCCAUAUCCUAGCUUCUACGAAGGCUGAGAGAGCACCGGAUGGCAGUGUCAUCCGAAUACUGACUUGCCUGACUGAUGUAACAGUGCAAAAGGACACGGCCGAGGAAGCUGUGCGACGAGCGCAGGAAGCGGAGAAUCUAAAGCGGCUGGCAGAAUUUGCGACGGUUGGGAUGUAUGAUGUCAGCAUGGACGGAAGACUGCUCAGCGCGAACAACCUGUUCUGGGAAUUGACGGAUCUGGAGAAGGUCGACCUCACCAAAGUCGACGUGCGACCUUGGCCAGAAUGUGUUGUUGAAGAAGAUCUUCAUAUUCUUCAGGAAAGUCUUGAUAAACUGAUGGAGUCCGGACGUACUGAAACGGCCGAGUUCCGCCUGCGCAACGGCUGGAUUAGUGAUGAUGGCAGCGGGAACUCAUCCGUUGCCCCUAGAUGGGUUCUUGCUACGUUCAUGCCCGUCAAGAGUUCAGACGGGGUCAUACAGUCUUUUACUGGCUGUCUGAGUGACGUUUCGAUACAGAAGUGGCAACUGGAACAAGAGAAACUUCGGAAAGAGGAGGCGAUCGAGUCUAAGCGACAACAGGAAAACUUCAUUGAUAUGACCUCGCAUGAGAUGCGGAAUCCAUUGAGCGCCAUUCUUCAUUGCACCGACGCCAUUAUCGCUUCCCUUGCGAGGGUACAGGACAUUAGCGAUAAUUCUGCUCCUCUUACUCCAACACGAAAUGGUGCCCAUCGUGAAGGAAAAGGUAUCGGCGAACGAUCUAUUGAAGAAAGAAAGCUUCUUGAAGACAGCAUUGAAAAUGCAGAGACUAUUGUCACAUGUGCCCAGCAUCAGAAGCGCAUUGUCGAUGAUAUCUUGACGAUGUCUAAACUUGACUCGAAGCUACUGGCCGUUACUCCCUGCACAGUGGACCCUAUUCAGAUUGUCAACGGAGCGCUCAAAAUGUUCGAGGUGGAGGCUCGCCGUGUUGAUAUUGAGCUGACAUCGUAUGUCGACAAGUCGUACAAGGAUCUGGCAUACGACUACCUUGAUCUUGAUCCAAGCAGAGUCCAGCAAGUUCUAAUCAACCUUCUUACCAAUGCCUUGAAGUUUACCAAGUCUGGUACUACUCGCAACGUCACCCUUGGCGUUAAAGGGUCAUUGACGCCACCAGGAGAGAACAUGACAGCUGUUCAAUUUAUUCCUCGAUUUUGCGAUGUAUCAGAAGAAUAUGACCAACCGGCUUUGAAAGGACGAACCAAACCCAUUUAUCUGUUGUUCGAGGUUAAAGACACAGGCCAAGGGUUGACAACGGAAGAAAUGGGUAGCCUAUUCAACAAAUUUGUUCAAGCCAGCGCCAAGACGCACACCAAGUACGGAGGCUCUGGCCUUGGACUGUUUAUCUCACGUCGACUGACGGAGCUUCAAAACGGAGCGAUUGGUGUUUCGAGCCAACCAGGUGUGGGUUCGACAUUUGCAUUCUACAUUGAGGCGUAUGUUCCGAGCGAGGCGUCCCGAAACGAAGCACUGGCAGCUGCCGCCGCGGCUAGGCUGAUCGCCAACGGCGACUGUGCGGACUCAACUGAUGGGAAGCGGCCUUGCCGCGAUAUUCGUCUGCAAAAAUAUCAGAACCCAGGAGGAAACGUUCGACUGGACGGAAUCCUUGUUGUCGAAGACAAUCUCAUCAACCAGCAAAUCACAAGACGAGGACUGACAGAUCGAGGUUAUAUGGUCGAUGUCGCGAAUCAUGGAGUCGAAGCUCUUGAGAAGUUGAAAAGGCGUCAAGGUGGCGUCCCAGGCAUUGGCCUCAAGGGAGUUGCUGGCCGCUCAGGGAGGAGCAAUACACAUUCACUUCCUAUUGCCAUUAACCUGGUAUUGAUGGACAUUGAGAUGCCUAUCCAAGACGGCUUGACAUGCACGCGGAUAAUUCGUGAAUUGGAAGCAGAGGGAGAGAUAUUCUGCGCAUCUGGAGGCAGGGUGCCGAUCAUCGCAGUCACUGCUAACGCGCGACCCGAGCAAGUUAUGGAGGCCAAGCAGGCCGGGUGCGAUGAUGUGAUGGUGAAGCCAUACAGAAUUCCGGAGCUUAUCGAAAAGAUGCAGGUGGUUGUUCGGCGAAUGGGAGGGCUCAGCCCGAAUUCCCCAGUAAGAUGA